UUGUAGUGAUGGAUCUGAAGGAAGUAAAGAGAUCAGAAGAAGCAGAGGAAAUGAAAUCUUGUAGUUAUUGUCAUACCACAAAAACACCUCUUUGGAGAAGUGGUCCAUCAGGUCCCAAGUCGUUGUGUAACGCAUGUGGGAUCAAGUAUAAUAAGAAGAGGAGACAGAUUUUGGGUGUUGAGAAGAAGAGGAGAAUUGUUUGUAAAGAGGAAAAGAGUAGAGAAAUUAGUAAAUUGAUGGGAUUUGGAGGAAAAUUAAGAGAAGAAGAACAAGCGGCGAUAUUAUUGAUGGCUCUUUCUUGUGGAUCUGUUGGAAAAUUACUAUUCUAACCCUCAAUUCCUACUUGCAGCAGAAACCCAUUGUAAUUUUUACUAAUUAAUUGACCCAUUUUGAU